ACGAAAGCAGAAGAGACAGUAACGGGAAAGCAGAGCUCUGGCUGAACUGUAAAAGAGCCCUUCUGUCCAUGUUCUGGCCUGCAGCCAGAUGGCAGCUGCAAAGGUGUGUCAGGGAAAAGUGCAGUUAGGAAAAAGUAGUUAGGUCCACUUCAUAAACUCUACAGUGACCCAGACAAAGUCCAUGAAUUACAUUUUGUGGGAGAUUGGGUUGUAAAUUAGAAAAAACACAGCUGGUCUGGGUUUGUCUCAAGGACUUUAAGUUGAGCGUUGAAGAUAAAAGACGGACUUUGACAUAGAAGUCAUCAUAUAAAGUGGAGAAGCACCAAAAGGCUGUUCUAUCUAGCCGAGAGAGGAAAAUGGCCAUGUGGAAGACAGUUGGACCUCUGUUCCUACUACUGCAUGCUGUGUUCGGCCAGAGCACCAUCAGAUGGUGCACUGUCUCUGACCAAGAACAAAGGAAAUGUCAGGCUAUGUCCCAGGCUUUCUCUGAAGUCUCCAUCCGUCCCUCCCUCAGCUGCAUCAAGGGGCUUACAGUAGAGGGCUGCAUUAAGAAACUACAGGAUAAAGAAGCCGACGCCUUGUCCAUGUCUGCCCCUAACAUCUACGAGGCCAUGAAGACCACCACUUUCAAAAUGGCUGCAAGCGAAUCAAAGGCUGGUGAUACCAGCUCCUACUAUGCAGUUGCUGUUGUGAAGGCAGCUAACUCUGCCAUAAAGAUCAACAAUCUGGCGGGGAAGAAAAGCUGCCACACAGGGAAAGGGCGGACAGCUGGAUGGAAGAUGCCGUUGGGAUACCUCAUUGACCAGGGUUACAUGUCUGUGAUGAGUUGCAACAUCCCACAGGCUGUAGCAAAUUUCUUCAAAGCGAGCUGUAUCCCAGGCGCAAACCAGGCUGGUGAUCCUCCUUCUCUAUGUGAGCUUUGCAAGGGAGAUGGCAGCGGAAAUCACAAAUGUGAGAUGAGUGAGCAAGAGAUGUACUACAGCUACGAAGGAGCUUUCAGAUGUCUGGCGGAAGAUGCAGGAGAGGUGUCUUUCAUCAAACAUACUACUGUUGGAGAAAACACUGAUGGUAAAGGACCAGCAUGGGCCUGGCCCCUAAAGUCUUCAGAUUAUCAGUUGCUGUGCAGAGAUGGGACCAGAGCUCCUGUCUCUGAUUGGAGUCGGUGCCAUCUAGCUCGUAUCCCCUUUCGCGGCAUUGUGGUUGGCAAAGAUAUUACUCCCUCUGUGGUACUCAACAUGCUGAAUGAUGGUUUGGCAAAGUCAGGCUUCAACAUGUUCUCUUCUGCGGAUUAUGGUGGAGGAACUGUUCUUUUCUCUGAAUCAACCACCAAGUUUGAGGGGGUAGAGUCAGACGACCCAAUAAGGUGGAUGGGCACCAACUAUUACAACGUCAUGAAAGCCACGGAUUGCACACCUGCAGACAUUCCUUCUUCGAUUCGAUGGUGUGUUUUGUCGAGCGCUGAGCAGCAGAAAUGUGGUGAUAUGGGUAAAGCCUUUGCUGACAAAGGUCUGACCCCCAGCAUCCAAUGUAUUUACGGAGACUCUCUGACUGACUGCAUGGCCAAGAUCAAAAACAAUGACGCUGAUGCCAUAACCUUGGAUGGAGGGUACAUUUACACAGCAGGCAAAGACUAUGGUCUGGUUCCUGCUGCGGCCGAGAGCUACACAGAUGACCAUGAUGGUUCCACGUACUAUGCUGUUGCGGUGGUAAAAAAAAGCAGUUAUGACAUCCCUAAUAUUGACAGCUUGCGUGGCCGUCGCUCCUGUCACACUGGCUAUGGUCGCACUGCUGGCUGGAAUGUUCCUGUAUCUACCCUGAUGGAGAAAGGACUUAUUAGCCCCAAAAACUGUCGGAUACCCCAAGCUGUGAGCGAAUUCUUCCAAGAGAGUUGUGUUCCCGGUGCCAAUCAGGAUGGAUUCCCCAGUAACCUGUGUGGUCUGUGUGUGGGAGACAGCUCUGGACAGAAGAAAUGUGAAAAAGGAAUAGAUCUGUAUGAUGGAUAUGAUGGAGCAUUCAGGUGUCUCGCUAGUGGGGAUGGAGACGUGGCUUUUGUCAAACAUUCCACUGUUUUCCAAAACACAGAUGGGAAUUCAAAGGAAAAUUGGGCUGUAGAUCUUUUGUCCAAAGACUUCCAGCUGCUCUGUUCCAAUGGAGCUAAAGCUGAGGUCACAAAUUACAAGCUGUGUAACAUGGCCAGAGUUCCCUCUCAUGCUGUAAUGGUGCGACCAAACACCAACAUCCAUGCCAUCUAUGGGCUCCUGGAGCGUGCACAGACCUACUUCAGCAGUGACACAGGUACCGUUUUCAAGAUGUUUGAUUCUAAUGAGUACCAAGGCACAGACCUCAUUUUCAAAGACUCCACUGUUCGCAUUGUGGGAGUUGGUGACAAAAAGACCUACCAGGAAUGGCUGGGUAAUGGCUACCUGAACUCCCUGGUUGACAUGGAGUGCAACUCUUCAAGUGCAGUGGUUUCCUCAGCAUUGCUGCUGCUAUUGGCUUUACUCAGCCUCAUGCUGACCAACGUCUGGAUGUAAAGCAGUGACUACAGUCUUUCCCUAGGCUGUCGUGUUUGCAUUGCCUCUUGCUACCACAAAAUUAUCUAUUUCUCACAAAUAUCAAUCAACCAGUAACCACCUUUUCCCCCCACUUUCAAAUAUCAAAAACUGAUUUUGUAGCUAACUGAUUUCAAUUGCUGCCCUGUAUAAUCACUACCAUCUAGGGUAGUGUGUAUCCCCUCCUUUGUGAAAACACAAUACCAUUGUUGGCCUCAUAUAAUUUCUGUGUUGGUUUGCCAUCUAGAAAAAAACAAAGCUUGAGCAGAAUUUGGAUUUAAAUGGUGCAAUUGUUAAAUGGAAUAGAGCACAUUUUGUUUGGCAGAGAUUUGAGUCAGCAAGCGAAAAAUUACUACAUGUGAGAAUAAGCUGGAAGGUGUUUGGUGUUUCUUUGUUUACCGAGGGUGGGCUGCCAUAUCAGUGUGUAUGCUGCCACCUGUUACAUUUACAGAGCACUUUUUCCUCUUCCAAACUUGCUUUACAAAAGGCUUACUUAAAAGUUUACAUAAACCACUUAAAAAGGGUUGCCUCCAUGUUUACCUCAAGAAACAUUUACUUCAAUACUGCAACAAUUUUAAUGCAUUUUAAAAGUCCUUUAGUCAUCUGUUUCUCACUUCUUCUGACCAAAACAACUCGCUCUACAAACCCUUCCCUCAUCAGAUGUGCUGCACUUUUCCAUCACCUCAUGCUGAUCAGAUGUGUAUUUUCCUACAAUCAAAGAUAUAUUUUUUUAUGAAGUUCAGGUGCCAUAUCAGUGUAUAUGUACUGACUCAUGCUGUCAGACACUAUUACAUUUUCUUCCUUUUGAUAGAGAUUUAUUUCUUUGUGAAAUUAUAAAAUGCUCGACUAAUAUUUAGUUGCCAGGCCAGUGUGUCUGCAUAAGUAUUACCUCAUAAGCUGUUGAAUGUCUUUGCUUGUUCAAAUGAAAUAAACGUGUAAGCAAAAUUAA